AUGGAACUAUUCAGCACAGCACCGAACAUCAACUAUAACAGUGCUUGUUGCUUGUAUGGCGCUUCUUCGGUGCACGUAUCCAUCUCCCCAGUCGUGGCUGAGGUUGGGGAAACGCAAGAAUCCGAGCGGCUGAGCAGCAGCAAGCGUGCGACGCGCAGGUCUCGCCAAAUGAGCCACGCGGAGCCGGCUUGUAAAAGCUUAGCCCCUGGAUCGAGUCUAGCGUAA